UUCCCAUUGCAUCACUGUCAUAUUCUGUCGCCGCUCCUCAGCUCCCAAGCUCUCAAAUCUCGCCGCCGCUGUUGCCCUUCUUUGGCGCCACCGUAUUUCGAAGCAAUUUAAAGAUAAUGGCCGAAGAGGAAGGACAGCCAUUGCCCUAUGUAUCAGAGAUAGUAUUGAAGAAAAGAAAAAUUAAAGAUGAGUUGGCGAUUACGAGGAAGACCCAGUUGGAGUUGGGUAAAUAUGGAGCCAAGAAAAGCAAGAAGCAAUCCGAUGUUUCUGACAUCAAAAGACCCGAGCAGUUCAUAAAAGAGUUUAGAGACAAGGAAUUGGACCUGAUCAGAAUGAAACAGCGAGCAAAGAGACCAACAUCAAUGAUGCCAAAACCAAGAUCACAGUUGCUUUUCAUUAUCCGUAUACAAGGAAAAAAUGACAUGCAUCCAAAAACUAGGAAGAUCUUAUACAAUCUGAGAUUGAGGAAAGUUUUCAGUGGUGUCUUUGUGAAGGCAACGGAGGGUGUAAUAGAAAUGCUGCAGAAGGUGGAGCCAUAUGUCACAUAUGGAUAUCCUAAUCUUAAGAAUGUGAAGGAGCUGAUUUACAAGAAGGGUUAUGCAAAGAUUGACAAGAAAGCUGUUCCUUUGACAGAUAAUAAUAUCAUUGAACAGACAUUGGGAAAGUAUGGCAUCAUAUGCAUUGAAGAUAUUGUACAUGAAAUCGCAAAUGUUGGUCCACAUUUCAAGGAGGUUAUUCAUUUUAUCGGACCCCUUAUGCUGAGCAAGCCAGAAGAUGGAUUAAUCCGAGGGAAGAAACAGCCUUACAAAGAAGGAGGAGAUGCUGGUAAUCGUGAAGACGAAAUCAAUGACCUAAUCAGCAAGAUGAAUUAGCUUGAAUAUCGUAGUUCCUUCAUUACCAAAAUUUUAGUGUGUAGCUUUCAAUGAUUUGUAUGGAAUGAACCCAGUUUUGUAUUGACAAACAAAUUUGGCUUGCGCUUAUCAUUAAGAUCAAUGCUAAUUUACCAUUUCAUAUAACCAAUUUUUUUCUUUCUUUUUCCCUUUAUUGGCGCACGGUUGUGCAUUUUGCAAAGCAUAGGAGUGUUUGGUUGCUGUGAAACACUGAAUGAAAGGGAAAGAAAAUAAUUGGAGAUGAGAAUUUCCAGUGAUUUAUUUUAUUUC